GAAUGCGGCAAAAGAUACGACACGAGAGCCCGAAUCAUUCCAUUAUAAUUGGUGAACAGUCUAGGACGUGACCCAGAUGUUGGUCUCUCAACACAGCACAAUCAAACGACACGGAACCCUGUGUCGUGUUGUUAUGCCACAUACCAGAGCCGCAGAGCGUCGUGUUGAGCGGCUUUAUCAUUUAAUUAACUUCCGGCGCAAAAAUACGGGUGUUAUAAGUUUACGGUGUAUAUCUGUAUGCCUGUCUGUUGCAUCGUAGCUCCCAUAAGAAUGGAUCGAUUGUGAUGCUUUAUUUGUUGUUUGAAAACUGACGUGAUCGAGAUGGUUCUUAGCUAUAAUUCAUAAAGAUAUAUUCAAGCGUUUAACUGGUUCGACUUGGUCUACUGUUUCUUCUGUGGUAUUGCUAAGAAAUGACCGUCUUAAGCUGAUACUAUAGUAUUAAGUAGUCUGCGGGGUACCCAACUGCUCAGCAAGUAUCAUUAGACGUAGUGUGUUUGGGGUCAGAAUAAUAGUCUUUAUGAUUAGGUGUUAGAUACAACACAAUCGAGACUCCAUGGAGGAAAAAUAAUAUUUAAAAGCAAAAAAAAAUGUAAAAUAAAAAAAAUUAUAGCCUUCGUCCGAUACAAAAAAAUUAUAAAUAUUUCAAUGUUUAUCCCUUAAUUUUAUUCAAAGUAGUUACCUAUACUUAUACUCGUCGGGUCGGGGGACCGAACCCAAGACUGAGGAGACGAAAUAACUUAAGCGGUCUAUUUUUUUAAGUUCUUUUUUGUCAGGAGUUAUUUAAAUUUUUGACAUUUUAAAUGGUACCUAAUCAAAACCUAGGAUAUAGCAAGUAUGUGUGUUUACAUUGUAUGCGUACAAAUUUGCUCGACAGGAAACAAAAUGUAGGUUACGAAAACACAUUUUAUCUGUAGAGAUUUUCAGACUAUGUUUAGCUUUUAUUUUUAAAACGCAUACUUUGAAAAAUAUUAUAAAUUUGAUAGAAUCACUUAGUCAUGAUUACAAUUAAUAAAUAAGUGCGUGUCGACGCAAAAAUAAUAAAUUUUUCUACGAUAUUUUAAAAAGUGCCAAGCGAUAUUGCUAUAGAUAGCAACCACCAUAAAAUUAAACGGUCUGUUUGUAUAAACCAAUAACAGCCAUCAUCCUAAAAUUAAUAUAAGAUAUUCAAAACAUUUUAAUUUUUGUUGGAUGUUUGUUAAAAAUAUUUAUACAUUAGCUGUUGAAUGGAUAAUUAUAUUUGGCAUAUAAACUAAUUCAAAAUAAGUCUGUAUGUUUGGGAAGGGGCCUUAAUAAGAUAAAUCAUUGAUUGCGCAACUUAAAGCUAAAAUUAAAACCAUAAAUGCAUUAAUAACUAAGUAUACUCGUAUAUUUUUUUUUUAUACUUAGAAGGGAAUACUGCCAUACAAAAUAUAUAUGUCAUUUAUAUUAUUAAGCAGUAGAAAAGAGAUAGUUAAGCCUUAAGUUUAUAAAUGAUGCUUCGUUAUUUUCAUAUCUACAAUGUAAUAUAAUCUACCUCUACAUCUGUUAUCAACAACCUAGCAAGCUCUACGUUGUCAUGGUGAAAAAAUCAUUGUACUUUUGUGUUUGUUUAAACUCAAUGGAGUUAAUAUAUAAUUUAUAUUAUUAUCUAAGUAUUAAUAAGUAAGUACUUAUUACUACAAGAGCGCUACGAGCUUAUUACGAGUAGAGCAAGUGCUCUACUCGAAAAAUAUUGAUGCUUUAUGGACUAUUGUGUUUAAUAUUAUGAAGAUUUCUGGCGUAUACUUAUAAGAAUUAGAAUCGACUCAUGGCAAAUAAUAUUAACCUAAAGUAUUUACUAAAGAUAAUUUACGCAAUAGUAUUUAUAAUAUCUGUGGCAAUAAGCAUUAAUAUUGUUUUACUAGUGUGUAACCAUGAAAUAAUUUUGGUAAUGAGGUCGUAGUAGAUAUAAAGGUAAUCCUUUAUAAUGUUCGAUAUCAAUUGUUUACUUACCUUCUAAUAUUUAUGUUGAAAUAAUAUUAUUAUUAUUCGUUUUUUAAAUAGCUUGUUUGCUUUUAUUUAAUAACACAUUACAUUGCUAUCGGUAACUUAACCUUCGUAAUAGAACAUUAUAUUUUAAGCAAAUAUUUACCUAAAUAAGUGAUUUUGUGAUCAAUCGCUCAUUUUUCUAACACUUUGUAUUAAGAGAAAGACGGAGAUAAAAAGAGAGUAUGUGUUAUUGUGAUAGAUAUGACAACAAAUGAUAGUAAAUGCUAGUAGUGGUAUGCCUAAUGUUGAACGGAUCUCCAAGUGUGCGACUCGCACUUGUUCGUUCUGGGGUUAGAUACAUGGGAAUUCCUACUUUUUAGGCUUUGAUGUCUUCACAAUAAGCAGUACACAAAUCAGUCAAUACUGAUUAGUUAACAUCGUUGAAAAAAUCACGUCAUUUAAGUCUUGUACUUAUUGCAACUUAUUUUCAGCGAUACUCGUAGUUUACGUUCUUAUAUUACCUAAUGAAACUUUCGAUCAACGCGUCAAACACUGAAUAGGAACAUAAUGCGUCAGAGCGUCAGACGCACGGGUUAGUGAUUAAACAAUAUUGCCCUACUUGCGAUUUUGUAUUAUACAUGAACUAUUAUAAAAAUUACGAAAUAAUAGUUUUCGAGUCAGACUAAAAAUAAUUUUCAAUAAGUUUUCCAUGUUAUAAAUUACUCAGUCGAAGCUCGGAGUCAGGAAAUUGGAGGUGUGAUUUCUUAAAACUAUUGGUGCUGCGCCUAAUCUCUCUCCGGUCAUGUAUGUUUGCCCUUUCGCCGGAAUAUGAGAGUUGAGGAACACAGAGCGAGAGCAAUACCUGUGUAAUGCGCACACCCUUGUGCACUAUAUCUCUCGCGUACCUGGCUAAUCUCCGAUGAGAUUCGUCGCCGUGGCCGAUAUUCGGCUAGGGCAGAUUCAUUUAAUUACUCCAACAUUUCCCUUUCAUUCAUUCAUUCAAUAUCUAUUAUAACCAUAGAAUUGUGUAUUAUAUAUGUUACGACACUGCAUCAUUCAAGAUUAGAACUAAUGAAGCUUUGAGAAAUUAAACAAUAGGUCUGAUUUGAAAGAUAAUGUAUAACACAAACGAAGAUGUCCCGCUUUUAUAUUCAGUUACGUUAUAAUUUAUUUAAUCAAUAAAUUUUAUGUGAGGCUAAAAAGAUUAGCUGAUUAAUAAUAAAUCAGCCGUAAACAUAAACGACUUCUCUUUAUACGCAUGUGGCCAAAAGCGCAUUAUUUUAGACCUCAUCAAACAUACCUGUUUCCACAUAUAUUAUAAUUCUCUUUGAUACCUGCAUUUUACACUUUUUAAACUUAUUAAUCUGAAACUGUAUGGCAUAAUAAGAUAAGGCAAAGAGAAUUUUAAUAUAUAUGGAGUUAAACCAUAUAAUUCUCUUUGGUUAAACAAUACAUUAAGUUUCCAUAUGUAUUUGGUAUAAUUCUCUUUGACAAUAAGUCAUCAAAUCUCGAUCAGAUUACAAAAUUAACAAGUUUACUUUACUUACAUACUUAUUUUAUAAACACACCAAAAUGCUGAAAUCCAUGACCGCCCCUAUAUCGCCAGGUAUAUUUAAAAAUAAUAGUAAGUCGACAUAACAAGAAUUUGAUGAAGAAACGCACACAGAGGUGUGCCGGCAGCAAGAGAGCUCAUUCUGUGAGUCCAGUGCAUUUAAGACCCCGAAGUCCAUCGCGAGUGAGGAAAGAUGAAGAAAAAAGAAGCCAAAGCCUGUCGCCUUCCAGUCAAGCAAAGAAAAAGUCUGAGCUUUUGAACCGACAUGCUCAACUAAGCGUAUCAGCGCCUUUGACCACGGAGCGUUUCUCACAACGUGUACAAGAAAAGGAAUUGGUUCUGCCACAAAAUGUGCUGCCGAAAAUUCUGCGUAACCUAGCCACUAAAAAAAGGGAGUUUAUUAAACAGCGAAAAAGCUUAAUAACUUUACAAAAUGCGUUGUUGGAGCAAUAUGCUGCUGUGAAGGAACUUGAAAGCCGAGCUGGUGUGAUGACCGAGGAGUGUAUAGGAGACGUCCGGAUCCUGUCGGUGAGCAGUUGGCCCGCUCACGACCUCCUGUUGCUUAUACGGGAUGACCUCGAAAUGCCAGUGAACUCAGAGAUAAGUGGCAUAUUUGGGCCACAAGUAUUACAACAACUGCAAGCGCAAUUGAAUCCAAUCCCGGAGGAAGUAUUGGGAAUGGGUGCAGAGGUUAUGGCCCGGCGCAUAGAGAUACUCAACUUGCUACGAGCCAAACAUCGCGCGGAUCGCGUUUCUUAUGUCACCAAUCUAGAAUGGAAAGCCAAAAAUACGGAAUUUGAUGAAGAAACUGAGAAUUUGCAUAGAAUGGUAGCCGGUAUGGCAGAGAAUUUAAAAGCUAAAAUUAAUUUUUCUUUAGAUCUUGCCAAAAUACCUUGGAUAGAUCGUGAGACUUUAAAAAAGAAAAUAGAACGCUUACAAAAAGAAAAUUCAAUAUUGCAAAACAAAAUCGACGAAAAUAAUAAAAAGGAGACAGAAGACUGUAAAGAAACAAUACAGAAUGUGUCAGAUAACAAGCUUGCUUACCAGGCAAUAAGCGAAGAACUUACAAAAGAGCGCGCAGCACGCGAAGCUUUGAAGGAAGUGGUUUCAGCUGCCGAGAGCAUGCUGCGCGUCGCAAGGGCGAGGAUAGCGACACUCGAGAGACAGUUGAAGGAAACUAAGGCCGAACUGGACGCGUCUAGAAGAAAACACAAAGACCUCGAGCAACUCGUAAACAGACUCGCAAUCGAACAAUCGCGUGGGACAUAUCGUCAUCGUGAGACGAGUUACGAUGCCAGAUCUAAGAAGCUACUUGAAGUAUCAAAAACCGGAGAAGUUACUAUAGAAUCAUUGUCACGUCAGAGGGAUGCGCUUGAGAUGAGGGUGAAGGAACUGCAUGAACAAGCAGAGGCAGCAGAGAGUGCGGCCAAGACUCGUGAGGCCGAACAGCGUGCGCGCGCCGAGUUGCUUCAAGCGAAGGUAGCAGAACAGGAAAAGAAUAAAGUAGUAGCCACGGCCCGAGUUGAGGAACAAGAAUCUCGAAUAAAAGAACUGGAAGAACAGUUACAACUUUUACGUGAACGCUCGGUUAGACUCGUCGACAUGGAACGCAGGCGAUGUCUUGACUGUGUGCCUUCGAAAGAAUCCGAGCCUUCAGAUAGAGAAACAGAGAUUUGGAAAGAACUUCAAGUGACUCGGGUGGCGUUGUCGCGUGCAGAAGAGGAACUUCGUCAGAGUCGGGCUGAUAAAGACAGCUUCUUGAAUUCAUUAUCUCGAAUAGCGAAGGGUGAAGGAGUGGAGAAUGUGAAAGAUCAAAUGGCAGCGGAGUUGUUAGAAAGAGAACAACAGAUUGUAAAAUUACAGCACGUUAUAGAAGAGCAGAAAGAAAACGAAAAACUAAUGGAACAAAGUAUGACCCAAUAUGAGAAUCAACUUGCAGCGCUACGCUUGGAAGUAAAGCGAUUGAGAAAUUACGAUUGUUACGCUAAAGAGUUUUCUUAUCCGGAACUUCAGACAGAGUUAAUGGAGCUGCACAUGCAAGUGGAGACGUUAACCCGAGAGCGGUCUACGUUAGUUACUGCAGCGGCAUCUCGGGCUCUGAUGCUGGAGAGACAUGAGCGUUCUGCCGACCUCUUUGCGCGAAUGCUUCGUGCACGACGUGAACUAGCUGCAUUGCUUGAAGGUCGACCAGAACCACCAGCAGUAGAAGAAACAGAACAUAAGGAGGUGUCUAGAUCGCUGUCAUCAGUUUGCGCAAACGCUGCUGACACUUGGACGGCGUUGCGUGCAGAAAGGGCGCGAGUCCUCCGCCUGGAGAGCGCAGUAUUGGCACAAAAUUUACAGCUGCAAAGAGAAGGACGUGUACGAACACAACUUGAACGCUGUAGAACUGUUCUCGAAAGGGAGGUGUUGCGAUUGCAUCAUACCACUUCACCAGAUCGUUCAGCUGUUAUGAACAAUCAGAGUUUACUAUCUCGAUCCUCUUUUUAAACCAUUUAUUAUUGUUAGAAUAUAUGUCAAGUUUAAACAAUAAAACUGCCCUCAUUUAAUAAAA